AUGAAGUUCGAAAAGUUGCCUGCCGGGAUGCGUAUCGUGUGUAAAAGCGUCCCCACCUCAGACUUAUCACGCAAGUCUACAAAUCUGAAAAGAAAUGCGUGUCUCUCGCAUGCGCUCUCGCCACCCCGGAGGGGGGCCAUUGUCAUUGAAUUUCUUUAAAUGCUAUCAGGGAGAUGAAGUUUAUCUUUAUUUUCAUGCUAGAAGCAGGAUACGCCGAUACAUUGAUGUCUAUGCGAUCUCACUAGCUACAAAUACACAAUUCCACUGCAAGACUAAGCACGUCAUCCGGGUGGACUACUUGAAUUUAUUUUUUCUGAUCGGUAGCAAAAUGCUCGUCUUAAUAACGCUGCGUACGGAUGGGGACGUUUUUCUUUUCCCUCAGGAUAAUGCAAGAGGUUUACCUAGACCCAGACCAGGCCUCGCAGUACUACAUCACCACUGCGGCCACCUACGAGGACAUGACGUCGGACACGUCCAUCAUCUGCCCCUACUAUAAUAGCGAGGGACUGGGCUGCAACGCCCUGCGGUCCGGGGUGCUCUCCGUAGUUGGCGUCGAC